AGUACAGACCUAUGUUGUUGACCUAUGUGUUGCUAUCAGCUGGCUAUCAGCAGGUGUAUAAUAAAAAUUCCGACAUGUCUCUGCUAGAAUUGCCUGAUGUUGCCUUGGAGCAUAUUUUCUCGUUCCUGGCGUACGAUGAAGUAGCUCAAAAAAGAAUCGUUUGCCGGAAGUUCAAUGAAAUAUGCAGUUUUGUCCUUAAUCGAGGAUUUCACAAAGUGGAACUGUAUCAUCGAAGAGUGUUGAAAGCGUUUAAGGCACUUCUACCCCGCAGGGAAUCAGGGCGGCGAACCCAUCCUCUUGCUCGGCACUGUGACAUGCUGGUCGCCAUUGAAACACGCCUCUCAAUGCUUUCAAUGACUUUUAUGAAGUACAUCGAGUUGAAGCAGUGUUGUUUUAUACCUGGAAAGGUUAUUGAUGAAACAUGGAAUGUACUUAGGUUGUUGACGGACACAGAUACUAGUAGUUCACUGCCUCGAACUCAGGAGGCUCUGCAAGAGUUGCGUGAUCUCUCGUCAAUGGCUAUGGAGCACUUUGAUGAAAAAGUGGCUCCUGCACUGAAGCAGAAAUCUGCAAUUAGAAGAUUUUCUGUAUAUUGUGAUUCGCCUGUUCCUAGUGAUAUAAUCUGUCCUCACUCAGAAAUUGGAAGGCUGAGGCUGCAAAUAAAUAGGUUGAGACAGGAAAAAAAAAAACUUCUCAGAAGAGACUUUAAACUUAAAAAAAAAUUAGAUUUGGGGAUCUUGAAAGCAGAUUUUUUGUCCAAAAAAAUGAACGCCCAAAGAAAGUAUCAAAAUAGCAUCAAUGCAUUCUUAUUGGCCAGAAUCAAACAACAGGAAAACGAAAUGAAUGAACUAAAGCAACGUAUCCAUGAAGCAGGACACUGGAAAGAUGUGAUCAAAUCAAAUUUAUCUACAGAUGAUGUUUCAGCUAAUAGCAGCAGCAAUAAUAUGAGUGCCACAUCUGCAAAAUCUGUUCUCAAGUGCCAGCCUCCUAAAUGCAAGACAGAUGAGACAAAUGUUAGCAGUGAUAAUUCUCUCGAAUUUUGUGAUGACUUCCAGCGGUUUGUACAAUCGCAAAAGGGGAAAAAGAGGAAGAGAACUUCAAAUUCUUAAGUAUCUCUGUUUUCAUCUCAGCCUAAGUACCCGUAUAUGAUCGGCGUUGAAAUGCGCCGCACAGUUUCAGCUCAGCGCAUCACGCACUCAUACACGCAGCGCUCUCGGCGCCCGCAGAACCAACCGUGAGGCGUGGCGUGUCGCAACCCUGACCGACCGCUUCCGAAAACCGGCAAUUGCGAGCCCGUCAGAUUUUAUCUCCAAGUGCGCGUUCGGUAUUCAAAUUUUCACUGGAUUUUGGAUCAUAACUUUUGAUGCCAUUAUGCUGCCACGUUGAAAUUUUGUACAGAAACUCUUAUGCACCUGCCAUAUCUUUUCCAAAACUUGAAAAAGGUGGUUUUUAAAGUUAGUAACAAUUUAAAAUGAAACGUUUUCUUUGGAAAGAAUUUAGAGUCCAGUCUCAACAAGGUGUAUGGUGCCUUGAAAGUACAUCGUGACAGCUCUUCAACAGCACCAAAACGAGUCAUUCAGCACAAAUAUUGGCGAAGUUGUAUGCCUUUGAAGUUAGUCAUUAGCAUGAAAACUGGCAAUUUUCAGAAAAUUCAUCCCAUAAAAUUAAAUGGAUGGUAAAAAAAUUUAAACUUGAUGGCUUUUUGCUAGGAUUGUCGCUGUAUACCAAGUAUCAUUAAAAUCUGAGGGGGCCAGGUCAAAAGAACCUCUACUUUGGUUUGACUUGGCGUAGAAUGAUCCAUAAGGUUGUUGAAAUGUAUGAUGAGAGAGUUCAUUGUUUAAACUUUAUUUUCUGCUGUGUCACGGAAUAUAAUUUUGCAGUAGUAUUUUCAGACAAAGGCAGCCUAAUAAUGAAUCUUCCAAGUGUAAUUAUUUUCUAUUAAAGGGAUUCAUCAUGUUGCCAAGUGUGCGUCAUAAUAGUUUGUCUAAUUCACGAAAUGAGAUUUCGGGGCUAUUAGAAAUAUCAUUGUGAAGUAAUUUCUAAAAAUUUAAAAAUGGAUAACCAAAUUAGGGUGGUGUUGAUUUGGAUAAGAGGUUAGCAAAUUUUGUCACCAGAAACAUAUUGAGUUGUGCGAAAGAAAGGGAAAAAAAAACAAGCAGAAAGUUUCAUACUUAGGUAUUGGAGAAUCAGUCAGCAGUUUUAAUGCGAUGAGUGUACAUUUAUUGUACCCUAAAGUGUAGUCAAUCCACAUCAAUAACAUGUAGUAGUUCUUCUUACAAACCCUAAAAUGGUUCUUGUAAAUGAAAGUCCAUCUUAUCAAACACCUACUCCUCUAUCGGAGGUACACAGGACAGUUUUGAUGUGGGUAUAUACCAUCGUAAAAACGGUCCCUAGGUGCCUCUUCUAAACGCAAGUUGGAGCACUGAGAAUUUUCGUUUUUGUAGACAAGCUCAUGUGUUAUGAAAACUUGUCUUAUAUUGUUAGUCCAGCCUUUCUUCUUCCCCAUGGAAGUUGCUCUGAUGUUUUACUUCAACAUCAGAUUGAUAUCAUCAAAUUGGAACAGCAAAUCAAUGAAGAUUGAAAAAAUAGGCAAUUGAGGCGGCCCCAACGAUAAUGGCAAAUGCCUGUAUAUCUAGCUUUUGCGCCCAACAGCGAAAUUGAAUCCUGCACUCCAAAAGUUAGAGUUGGAAUCCCUGUAAGUGUUACGAUAAUAUGGUGAUUCUAUGGCGAAUCCUGACUUCUCAAUUCUGUGUACAUGAAGUUGUGAGCAGGAAAUUCUUGGUUCGAAUUCAGUUUCUUUCUCAUCAUUCUUGGGAAGCUACUCUAUUUUCACUUUUUUACAGAUCUCACACUUUCAUUAAGUUUUUGAUAAGCCGAAAGGACUUGUUAUGUUUCUUAAGUUUUUUAUUUUCAGCAGUUGGUUUUCUUUGAAAUUACCACAUUUACAUUAUAAUUUAAUAAAAGCAUGUUUAAGAUUCAUAA